CCCCCGGGGCUGGAUAUGUGGAUGCUCACGUGAAGAUGGAUGUAGCGAUCGGGCUGCUGGGGCUGCUGACGGUUCUGCUGGAGGGCAGCUCCGGGCAAGGGGUGUACGCCCCCCCCACGGUGCGGAUUGUGCACUCGGGCCUGGCGUGCAACAUCGAGGAGGAGCGCUACUCCGAGAGGGUCUACACCAUCCGCGAGGGCGAGACGCUGGAGCUGACCUGCCUGGUCACCGGCCAUCCUCGGCCACAGAUCAGGUGGACCAAAACAGCAGGAAGUGCCUCUGACAGAUUUCAAGACUCGAGUGUCUUCAAUGAAACCCUGAGGAUAUCCAACAUCCAGAGACACCAAGGAGGACGCUACUACUGCAAGGCUGAGAACGGCUUGGGUUCACCAGCCAUAAAGUCCAUCAGAGUGGAUGUGUACUAUUUGGAUGAUCCGAUAGUAACAGUCCACCAGAGCAUCGGGGAAGCAAAAGAGCAGUUUUACUAUGAGAGAACAGUGUUUCUCAGGUGUGUUGCCAACUCCAACCCGCCCGUCCGGUACAGCUGGCGACGCGGCCAAGAGGUGUUGCUGCAGGGCUCUGAUAAAGGAGUGGAGAUUUAUGAGCCCUUCUUUACCCAGGGAGAAACAAAGAUCCUGAAGCUGAAGAACCUCCGACCUCAGGAUUACGCCAACUACAGCUGCAUCGCCUCGGUGAGGAAUGUCUGCAGCAUCCCUGACAAGAUGGUGUCCUUCCGACUCUCCAAUAAAACAGCAUCCCCUUCAAUUAAGCUUCUCGUGGAUGACCCGAUAGUGGUGAACCCCGGGGAAGCGGUCACCUUGGUCUGCGUGACGACAGGAGGGGAGCCCACCCCCAGCCUGACGUGGGUGAGGUCUGCUGGCACCCUGCCUGAGAAGACAGUCCUGAAUGGUGGCACCUUAACAGUCCCGGCCAUCGCGGCCGAAGACGCCGGCACCUACAGCUGCAUCGCCAAUAACAACGUGGGGAACCCUGCCAAGAAGUCCACCAACAUCAUCGUAAGAGCCUUAAAAAAAGGACGUUUUUGGAUCACUCCUGACCCGUAUCAUAAAGAUGACAACAUCCAGAUUGGACGAGAAGUGAAAAUCUCCUGCCAGGUGGAAGCCAUCCCUUCAGAAGAGCUCACCUUCAGCUGGUUUAAAAACGGGCGGCCCUUGCGAAGCUCUGAGAGGAUGGUCAUCACCCAGACUGACCCUGAUGUCUCACCUGGCACCACAAACCUGGACAUCAUUGACUUGAAAUUCACUGACUUUGGGACAUAUACGUGUGUUGCAUCUCUGAAAGGAGGUGGAAUAUCAGAUAUCAGCAUUGAUGUCAACAUCUCCAGCAGCACAGUCCCACCCAAUUUGACUGUCCCUCAAGAAAAGUCACCCCUGGUGACCCGGGAAGGGGACACGGUCGAGCUGCAGUGCCAGGUGACAGGGAAGCCCAAGCCCAUCAUUCUGUGGUCCCGAGCAGACAAGGAGGUGGCGAUGCCGGACGGGGCGAUGCAGACGGAGAGCUACGAUGGGAUCCUGAGGAUUGUGAACGUGUCCAGGGAGAUGACAGGAACCUACAGGUGCCAGACCAGCCAGUACAACGGGUUCAAUGUCAAACCCAGAGAGGCUUUGGUACAGCUCAUUGUACAGUACCCCCCUGCCGUGGAACCCACCUUCCUGGAGAUCCGCCAAGGCCAGGGCCGGAGCAUCACCAUGAGCUGCCGGGUCCUGAGGGCCUAUCCCACCCGCGUCCUGACCUACGAGUGGCGGCUGGGCAGCAAGCUGCUGCGCACCGGCCAGUUCGACCUGCAGGACUCCACCGAGUACACCCUGGGCAGCCUCUCCCGCGACAGCUACGGCCUCUACAACUGCAACAUCAUCAACGAGGCGGGCGCGGGCCGCUGCAGCUUCCUCGUGACAGGCAAAGCCUACGCUCCCGAGUUCUACUACGACACCUACAACCCCCUGUGGCAGAACAGACCCCGUGUCUACUCCUACAGUCUCCAGUGGACCCAGAUGAACCCCAACGCUGUGGAUCGCAUCCUCGCCUAUCGCUUAGGGAUUAGGCAGGCUGGACAGCAGCGCUGGUGGGAGCAGGAGAUUACAGUGAAUGGAAAUAUUCAAAGGGGAGAAUUAAUUACCUACAACCUGACUGAGCUGAUCAAGCCAGAAGCCUAUGAAGUCCGUCUGACACCCAUCACCAGAUUUGGGGAGGGGGACUCAACUAUUCGGGUCAUCAAGUAUAGUGCUCCAGUAAAUCCACAUCUACGGUUCUACAUGUACAUCGAGACCUCACGCCCCAGGCUGGAAGGAGAGAAGGCCCGACUUGUUAGUCCUGUCUUCAGCGUCGCUCCGAAAAACCCUUACGGAGCUACAAACACAGCCUACUGCUUUAGCUUCUACUAUCACAUGUAUGGACAGCACAUAGGAAGCUUGAACGUUUACCUGCGGUUGAAAGGCCAGACGGCGAUAGAGAACCCACUGUGGUCUUCAAGUGGAAAUAAAGGACAGCACUGGAACCAGGCCCGUGUUAAUAUAAACCCCCCAACUUCAUUUCAGCUCAUAUUUGAAGGGAUCCGGGGGCCUGGCAUUGAAGGUGAUAUUGCUAUUGAUGAUGUGUCAAUUGUGGAAGGAGAGUGUAUGAAAUCAGACCAACCGGCCAACAAUUUACGAUCAGGUGCUGUUGGGACAUUAGCACAUAUACGACUUAUCCCAGUUAUCAUCCUCAUGUCUGUCUUAAGUCAUCAGAGGUGACCUUAUCCUGGCAGAGGCUACAAAAGAUUCACCAGGCACUGGCAUGAAGAAAGAGUCUUUGUAAAAUGGACAUUUAAAAACAAACUACCAAAGAUUCCUCCACUGACUGACUCAAAAGUUAAAUAAAUACAUAAAUAAAUUUAAUAAUAAUUAAAAAGCACUGGGGACAAACAAGGCAUCACGGGAGCAUAACUCACUAUGAACCACGUGUGAGAACGAGAUCUGGCCUAAGUAAGGAAGAGACCUUCAGGUGCUUUUGUGGUCAAUAAUGAAUACAGCAUCAUCUGGUUGAACUCUCGGAAAAGAGCUAUAGAAACCCUUGUCAAAGCACAAAGUCAUGGCUGGUUUUGUUUCAAAUGAAUAGUUUGCUUGUUACCAUGGAAACCUAAUGGCCUGCCAAAAAAAAAAAAAAAAAAAAAAAAGAGAGAGAGAGGAAAUAAAAACAGAGAACAAGAGAUAAACACCUCACUGUAAACAGGGUAUGUGAAGAGCUGGCAUUCAUUUUCCCUUUGAGAAGGUUUUUAGUAUAGAGUUGAAUAAUUGUAGGCCCUUUCUACUUUGGCUGUCACCUCCCCUAGAGAAUAACCCCGAGUCAGAGCUGUUUUAAGACAUUUCUGUUUCAUUUCUCAUGGCUAUGCUAGAUAACUGUAUGCUGUCUCCUUUUGCAUGCAUUACUAUCCAGGAUGUGCCACCUGGGCUUACAUAUGACACAGGCUUAUCGGAGUUUGCUUGCGGCCACUCGGACACCCCUCUCCCCUCCCCAGCUGAGUCAUCUGUUCUGAUGAGGUGAAGAAACCAAACCACCGUCUUUUAUAAAUUGCCAUGGAAACCAAGUGCCUUCAAUGAAACAAGCCUGAUUUAAAGAAAUAUUUAAAAAAUAAAAUAAUUAAAUAAAAAUGGUGAUAACAGUUUCAACACAGAAGCUUGCACUGCUAAGAUGUGGUUUGUGCAAAGUGUUUUCUAAACAAACUGCAGAGCCUGGGUGUGCAGACUGCAGGCGAGGAGACCGAGCCGCUUCUGGAGAUGGAUGGACCUAAGCUGCUGAGUAAGCCCUUUUUGGAUGAGAUGUUUGUUGUUUAACCUUCCAGACAGCCAUGGCCUUUCAGCUUCUUACCCAUUAGAAAAAUAGCUUCCGUUGGUCCUGGCAAUGGGAACGGCACUCUUUUGUUGUUGUUGUUGUUGGUUAGUUGUCUGUUUUGGUUUUGUUUUCAGGUUGUUGAGUGGGCCAACCAGAGGAAAAGGUUGUUAAAGACACACUUAGCUCAGAAGGUGGUAAAACACAGAAGUGAUUUUCUUACUCUCCCCUCCAUUUGCAGGACAGGACGGGGAGGACGGGGGCACGGCAGCAAACCCCAGAGCUCUCUGCCCACCCGGCGGAGGCCGGGCCUCUGCCCUGGAGCCAGACUCUGUGCAGAUCACAAAAGAUUAUUUUGUUAUUGUAGCAAAAUUUAAAAAAAAAUAAACAUUACAAAAUCCACUUUUACAACAACAAAACAAAAGAAAAAGUAAAAGCUGUACAAAUGGGUUUGAGCUACCCCAACACGUACCGUCAGUCAGCCAGUUCUCCACUGCAUUGUAAAGUUCCCUUACAGUUGGUUAUGACAAUUUAAAGACCUUUUUUCCUUAAAUUAUCUCAGCUUUUAACUUCAUUUAAAAAAAAAAAAAUACUUUUGUCUAAAGAGUAUUAUUAUUAUUACUAUAAUUAUUACUAUUGACACCCUAGGAGAAAAAAACACCUGAUAUGCAAGUAAUUGGAGUCCAAACAUAAAGCAAACAAAUGAGUAUAACAUUUGCAAAUAUGAGUAUAAAAAGCACAACGAGAUGCAGUAAAACAAUGACAAGGCUUGUUUUUUUUUUUAUUCUGUAGAGAAAUGUUUGUGCAAAUUCAGUAAUUCAACUGAAGAGAUAAUUUUACAGCUAUGUUCAAUAAAGCCUCUUUCCAGGUAA